GUCACGUCGCAGUUGCCCCCGCACAGCGGAUGUGUGUCGCCGCUUAGGUGACGCUGGGAAGUGCUUGCAGCCUUCGCCGCUGCCUUCUAGUUGAAGCACUAUGGAGGGAGAGAGGAAGAACAACAACAAACGGUGGUAUUUUACUCGAGAACAGCUGGAAAAUAGUCCAUCUCGUCGUUUUGGCCUGGACCCAGAUAAAGAACUUUCUUAUCGCCAGCAGGCGGCCAAUCUGCUCCAGGACAUGGGGCAGCGUCUUAACGUCUCACAAUUGACUAUCAACACUGCUAUCGUAUACAUGCAUCGAUUCUACAUGAUUCAGUCCUUUACACAGUUCCAUCGAAAUUCUGUGGCUCCAGCGGCCUUAUUUCUAGCAGCUAAAGUAGAGGAGCAGCCAAAAAAAUUGGAACACGUCAUCAAAGUAGCACAUGCUUGCCUCCAUCCACAGGAAUCACUUCCCGAUACCAGGAGUGAGGCUUACCUGCAACAAGUUCAAGAUCUGGUGAUAUUAGAAAGCAUAAUUCUGCAGACUUUAGGCUUUGAGCUAACAAUUGAUCACCCACAUACACAUGUGGUAAAGUGCACUCAGCUUGUUAGAGCAAGCAAGGACUUAGCACAGACUUCUUACUUCAUGGCAACCAACAGCCUGCAUUUGACCACAUUUAGCCUGCAGUACACACCUCCUGUGGUGGCCUGUGUCUGCAUUCAUCUGGCUUGCAAGUGGUCCAACUGGGAGAUCCCAGUCUCAACUGAUGGGAAGCACUGGUGGGAGUAUGUUGACGCCACUGUGACCUUGGAACUUUUAGAUGAACUGACACAUGAAUUUCUACAGAUUCUGGAGAAAACCCCCAACAGGCUGAAACGAAUUCGGAAUUGGAGGGCAUGCCAGGCUGCCAAGAAAACAAAAGCAGAUGACCGAGGAACAGAUGAAAACACUUCAGAGCAGACAAUCCUCAAUAUGAUUUCCCAGAGCUCCUCCGACACAACUAUUGCAGGUUUAAUGAGCAUGUCAACUUCUUCUACCACAAGUACAGUGCCUUCCCUUCCAACCACUGAAGAGUCAUCCAGCAACUUGAGCGGUGUGGAGAUGUUGCAGGGCGAGCGUUGGCUGUCCUCCCAACCUCCUUUUAAACUAGAACCUGCUCAGGGCCAUCGGACUAGUGAGAAUCUAGCACUUAUAGGAGUUGAUCAUUCCUUGCAACAGGAUGGUUCGAAUGCAUUUAUUUCCCAGAAGCAGAAUAGUAGUAAGAGUGUGCCAUCAGCUAAAGUGUCACUGAAAGAAUACCGUGCAAAGCAUGCAGAAGAGUUGGCUGCCCAGAAGAGGCAACUGGAGAACAUGGAGGCCAACGUAAAGUCACAGUAUGCAUAUGCUGCCCAGAAUCUCCUAUCUCACCAUGAUAGCCAUUCGUCAGUUAUUCUGAAAAUGCCCAUAGAGGGUUCAGAAAACCCCGAGCGGCCUUUUCUGGAAAAGGCUGACAAAACAGCUCUCAAAAUGAGAAUCCCAGUUGCAAGUGGAGAUAAAGCUGCCUCUUCAAAACCAGAGGAGAUAAAAGUGCGCAUUAAAGUCCAUGCUGCACCUGACAAGCACAAUUCUAUAGAUGACAGUGUCACAAAGAGCCGAGAGCACAAAGAGAAGCACAAGACUCACCCAUCUAAUCAUCAUCAUCAUCAUAAUCACCACUCACACAAGCACUCUCACUCACAGCUUCCAGCUGGUACUGGGAACAAACGGCCAGGUGAUCCAAAACAUAGCAGUCAGACAAGCACCUUAGCACACAAAACCUAUAGCUUGUCUAGUUCUUUCUCCUCUUCCAGUUCUAGUCGUAAAAGGGGCCCCCCUGAAGAGACUGGAGGGGCACUUUUUGAUCAUCCAGCCAAGAUUGCCAAGAGUACUAAAUCCUCUUCCAUAAAUUUCUUCCCUCCUCUUCCUACAAUGGCCCAGUUGCCUGGGCAUAGCUCAGACACAAGUGGCCUUCCUUUUUCACAGCCCAGCUGUAAAACUCGAGUUCCUCAUAUGAAACUGGAUAAAGGCCCCACGGGGGCCAAUGGUCACAACACAACCCAGACGAUAGACUAUCAAGAUACUGUGAAUAUGCUUCACUCCCUUCUCCAUGCCCAGGGUGUUCAGCCCACUCAGCCCCCUGCAUUGGAAUUUGUUCAUUCUUACGGUGAAUAUCUGAAUCCACGGGCUGGUGGAAUGCCAUCCAGAUCUGGCAAUACAGACAAACCCAGGCUACCACCUCUACCAUCAGAACCUCCUCCACCACUUCCACCCCUUCCUAAGUAGAAAAGAAAAAGAAGAGGAGAAAAAAACUUCUUUAAAAACACAUGCUUUCUCUCUUUUUUUAACUACUGAUUCUGGACUAAGAAAAUUACUUCCCUUAUGAAAUAUGUCACCCUGCUUGGACUAGGGAAUAAAAUAAUAUCGAGACAUAGGUGGAAGGGUGGUAGAGGGCCUUCGUUACUAUAUCUGCUGCCUCAGAAAUUUAACUAUUUUAUUAUAGUUUUUACUGGUAUUAGAGAGGUGAGAAUGUGUUGAAGCUGUGAAGGAUUAAGAAUACUUUCUCUAUUCUUGGCCUUUCCACCUCCUAAUUAGGUUGAUUAGAGUUGAUAUCUUCCCUCUUCUUGCCAGGACUGAAAUCUGGAGGGUUUGUUUUAUCAAACAGUUGUGGAUCAUUUUGGUGUUUAAUAUAUCAGAAGAGAGGAAGUAUUUAAACGUCAAAAUCUUUUAAGAGACUUUUAAAAAAUAAUUUAAAGAAAGUAAGUUAUCUGUUUAGUUUUUUUAUAUAAAUGGGGAGGGGAUAGGGAUUUUGCUGUGUUUAUGAGAUACAUAGCAAUGAGUCCUGGGGGGGGGGAUUGGAGGGUGGGGGGGAGUGUAGGGGGAAUGGGAGGAUAUGCUUUUGGCCAUGAGUGCUCAGAUAGGCUCCGGCCACUUGAAGUGUUGAGACCUUUAAGUGUGUAUGUAAGUGUGGGUAUGUGUGUUUUUAAGUGUGUGUGUUUAAAAAUCAUGUUUUACCUUUCCCUCCUUGUCCCUCACCAUUUUCACUUCCCAACAGUCUCCUGGAGAGAGCACGGUGUGGCCUUUAGAACAUGAAGGAAGAUACAUGUAGGACAUGGUAUUUUCCCCUUUCUUUAUGUUGUAAUUGAGUGGUAGCCUUCUGAAUUCUGGUUUGGGCAGGUGCAGCCAAUGGCCUGACUCUGGGCUCCAUUAUAAAAACUUCCUUUUUACCCUUUUUUUCCUUUUGAUGCAGAACAAAGAUGUGGUUGAGGAAGAAGGGUUGGAGAGCAUGGCCGGCUUCUGCCCUGCAGGAUUGGGUGUGUCUUUUUUCAAGUUGGGCUUUGGGAAAGUGUUCAAGUGAUAGCAGCCUCAGGGUCUCUGAAGAGAGGGGGGAUGUGCUACAUAUUCUGCCUAUGAAAGACCAGACCAUAUGUGAGAGUAGUUCUGGGAGAAGCCAUGGAGCCAGAGAUUGUGACUGGGAAUUUUUAGGACAGUGUAUUUUAAAUUACAUUAUGAAUGUAAAACUUGCUUUUAUCUGUAUGUCUGAAGGGAAACAGCUGCAUCCUCAGUUUUUGCAGCCUAUAUGACUUCAGAGAUUGGAGCUUGUGAAUUUAACAGUACUGGUGCCAUGAAGGUAAGCAAGCCUAGCGCACAGAUACUGUUAGGUUUACAUUGUCCAUCUUUGGUGGCUUUAGCUUCUAGGCAGAGGUUCUUCAGGAGUUUUCUAAGAAUCCUUUAGAAAGAAUUCUAAGCCAAGUUGUCUCACUGAAAAUGCCAUUAUCUACAGAUCAUUUGAUGUGAUAUUCAUUGGUCUUCAUGGCAUUUUUUGCUAUGGAAAAGGAUGAUGCAAUUUGAAUAUGUCUUUUUUUAGUGCAGCUUCUUUCACACUAAGUAUUCUUUGUGGAGAAAUUGAAUUUUUUUCAUUGGAAGUCAUAGGGAGAUAGGAGUUGUACAUCUGCUACCGCUUGCCAGGAAUAGGUUGGGGAGAAAACUGAGGCAGUUGGAAUUGGUGAUGCACUGGCCUAAAAUAGGAAAGAAUUUGUACAGUAAACCUUAACUGAAGGUAAAUUAGCGUCCUGCAUCUCUGUGUAUUUGAACUCUCUAGAGUGCCUGCCAUUGCUGUGUAAGAUGAGCUCUCUGCUGACCUAUAAACCAGUAAUGCUUUUGACUUGGAAUGUCGCGUCACUUUUAUAGAUGACAUUUUCCUCUUUCUCUUUGAAAUUUUCUGUGUUGUGCUAGGUAAUUGGUAGAUGUGUGGUGUGUUUACUAAAUUUAGGUUUUGUAUUUAUUUAGAUUUUGUUUGGUGAAGUCUGCUUUCCUUCCUGACUUUCCCAAAAGGUUAUUUAGUUUGCAUCUGUAUCUUUGUGGAAUUGAUGAUCACUGAUUUGAUUAUGAAAAUCUUUCCCAGCUUUCAGUUUUUCUCAUCAAAUGUCACAUAUUUUCUAAUCACAUGUACUCCCUCACCACAGAGGCAUAUGUAGUCACUUAGCCUUAUAGCAGUUCUCCAUGGCAGUCUGAGUUAGUUCCUUAGAACUUUGUGAGGAGUGAACUAGAAAAAAGUGCUUACUAGAGCUUAGAACCUAAGAGCUGCUUUAUGCUGCAUAGUCUGGCCUUUGCAUUAGUAGGUCAUUGCUGAUAUAGGUCAAUUUAGAGAUUUUCCUAUGUUAAUGCCUCCUGAUACUGUUUUAAGAUACCCACAGUGUCUGCUUUUAGAUCUAUGCAUAUGUCAUGAACCUCCUUAUGGGCUCUGCAUGAAGCUGCUGCAUUGUCUUUGGGUUAGCAGAUGUGUUUGUCAACUUGCAUGCAUAUUGUCCAAAUUCCAUAAACUUGGGCUUUGAAGGGUUGUGUGGUUUCUAAAAUCUGUGUCUUCUUUACUCUCACACAUUCAAAGGGUGAAAGAGGGAUAUAUACAUCCAAAGUUAGUCUAGCAAAUGUGGCUUUCCCCCCCUCAUUUUAACCUAGGCUAUCAAGGAUAAGUGGUGUUAAGCAGGACUGGAGCCUCAAGUUCUGUAAAUCUCAUUCCUAAAACUUUGCUUGAAUCUUAUGUUGGCACAAAUACCUGUGGAUUGUCCUUAGGGCUUUUAAUCAGAUACCUGUGUUGCCAUUAACUCAACUCUAGUGAAGCAUUAAUCUAAAGCUAAAUCGGUCUUUCGAAGUGUCAGUUAUGCUUUUUGGGUUUAGAAAAUAUGUAGGAAUUUGUCUAGUCUUCUCACUCAUGAAUCAGUGUGUUUCCAUAUCUGAGACCCUAGCUUCCUCUUUUUUUUAAAAUGAUUUUAGUGUUUUGAUUUAAUGUAUCCUUGUUCAUAAUUCUGUAUUAUUGGCUUCACCAGUGUUGAUAGAAAAAUUUUAAAUCUCUAGUUGAAAACAGCAAUGGAUUAGGAUAUAGAAAUAAAAUCAUGGUAAUAUCAGUCCUGGAUUUCCUUAAGCCUCUGCUACCUGAUUCCCCAUACACAGCCCUCCUACCUUGCUUCUGGACGAAGGCAAUUAGAGGGGUCUUAUCCCAGUAUGGCUGGAUUUUAACAUGUCUGUGUUUCCCACAGAAACAUGAACUGUGGGAAAUUGGGAACUGAUUAAAUUUUUAAAAGGAUUAUUAUUUUAUUGAAGAGUUAUUUUGAUACUAAUGCUAGGAAAGGGGAGAUUCUAGAUCAUUUUGAAGUUGGAAUACAAAUAUUAUUCUCUUGGGUUUGGGAGAAUUAAAGCAGUCUAUGCAACCCUUCACAUGGUGAGAUACAAGCCCUCCACGGUCCCACUAAGCUUUCAGUGACUUUGAUACUUCCCCAAAUUUCUCGUGUUGCUGCUUGUUAACACCCAGCUUUUAACUGAGUGUUUGCUCCUGAUGGUUUAAGAAAUGUUCGUGUUGUAUCACACUGUCAGUUUUAUUUUGUCUUUUUAACCCUCUGGGGAUGUGAGUUUGAAACAAGCAUGGUACUGUAAUCCUACCUGAUAAAGUGGUCUGGAGUGAGAAUUAUUUUUUAAGUGGGAGACUCUUCCAUUUUAAUGUUCCUAAAGUUUUUAAUAUGAACUUGGCAUUGGGAAAGGAAGGGAAAGAAAAAGAAUGUUUACUAAAAAGCGGUGUCUACUCUUCCCCUUUAUGAGUGUGUAUUCAUGGUUGAAUGAAAAGAGAAAGACUCUGGGGUUUUCUGUUGUCAUGUUAAGCGUGGAGAGGGAUGCUUGACAGCAUGCUAAUUGAAGCCAGAGCAAGUAUGUUCUCCAUCUGGUUAUCAGGAACUCUUCAGUUGAAAGCUGAGGACCUAAGUGAUUAGUGGUUGGUUGAUCACAUUGGCGUUGGUUACAGUAUGGAAGUGCUGGCUGGGUUAAGCACCCAAAGAAGUGAAUGCAGCAGCCUAGCUAGUGUUAACCUAGGUUUCUAGAUUUGAAACUGACCUUUCUCCCACCUCCUCCACACACCUAAAACAGUCCGUUUUCUUAUCAGACCAAAGAGCAAAGAAGGAAAAAAAAAAAAAAAAAAGCAAAACACUUUACCAAUCUAUGUCACUCAGGUACAAUUUUGUGGUGGUAUUUUUGUCUGUUUUCUUUGUAUUGCUCUUGAGUCCUUUCUCAGCAUAUUAUUCUGCUGUUGCCUCUGUCUUCCUUGGGGCACCACAAUUCUGGAUGCUACCCCUGGGAUGUCUACUGCUGUUAUGUGAAUGAUAGGAUGUAAGUGACCAUUACAGUAAGGGCUCUUUGUAAAAAAUUCAAAAAAAUUUUUAAAAAAUUUAAGAAAGGAUGUUGUAUAAAUUUUAUAGUCUGGCUAUCAGUUUGAUAUCUUGCUGUCAAGUAUGUUUCUCAAUCUGUAUUUAUCCAUCCCAUCAAUAAAUGUUAAUGAUAAAACACUCA